CCGACGGCCGCGCGCUGAGAUGACUUUCCGCGACCUCCUGAGCGUCAGUUUCGAGGGACCCCGCCCUGACAGCAGCGCGGGGGGCUCCAGCGCGGGCGGCGGCGGGGGCGGCGCGGGCAGCGCGGCAGCCUCGGAGGGCCCAGCGGUGGGCGGCGUGCCGGGAGCCGCGGCGGGCGGCGGCGGCGGCGUGGUGGGCGCGGGCAGCGGCGAGGACAACCAGAGCUCCGCCGGGGAGCCUGGGGGCGCGGGCGCGGGCGGCGAGGUGAACGGCACAGCGGCCGUCGGGGGGCUGGUGGUGAGUGCACAGGGCGUGGGUGUGGGCGUCUUCCUGGCCGCCUUCAUCCUCACGGCUGUAGCGGGCAACCUGCUGGUCAUCCUCUCGGUGGCUUGCAACCGCCACUUGCAGACAGUCACCAACUAUUUUAUUGUGAACCUGGCCGUGGCCGACCUGCUGCUGAGCGCCACGGUGCUGCCCUUUUCAGCCACCAUGGAGGUCCUGGGCUUCUGGGCCUUCGGCCGGGCCUUCUGCGACGUGUGGGCCGCCGUGGACGUGCUGUGCUGCACCGCCUCCAUCCUCAGCCUCUGCACCAUCUCAGUGGACCGCUACGUGGGCGUGCGCCACUCGCUCAAAUACCCCGCGAUCAUGACCGAGCGCAAGGCGGCCGCCAUCCUGGCCCUGCUCUGGGCCGUGGCCCUCGUGGUGUCCGUGGGGCCCCUGCUGGGCUGGAAAGAGCCCGUGCCCCCUGACGAGCGCUUCUGCGGCAUCACGGAGGAGGCAGGCUACGCCGUCUUCUCCUCUGUGUGCUCCUUCUACCUGCCCAUGGCUGUCAUCGUGGUCAUGUACUGCCGCGUAUACGUGGUAGCGCGAAGCACCACGCGCAGCCUCGAGGCGGGCGUCAAGCGAGAGCGUGGCAAGGCCUCUGAGGUGGUGCUGCGCAUCCACUGUCGCGGAGCCAGCACCGGCGCUGCCGACGGGACGCACGGCCCGCGCAGCACCAAGGGCCACACCUUCCGCAGCUCCCUAUCCGUGCGCCUGCUCAAGUUCUCCCGCGAGAAGAAGGCGGCCAAGACGCUGGCCAUCGUCGUGGGCGUCUUCGUGCUCUGCUGGUUCCCCUUCUUCUUCGUCUUACCGCUUGGCUCCCUGUUCCCGCAGCUGAAGCCGUCGGAGGGCGUCUUCAAGGUCAUCUUCUGGCUUGGCUAUUUCAACAGCUGCGUGAACCCGCUCAUCUACCCUUGCUCCAGCCGCGAGUUCAAGCGCGCCUUCCUCCGCCUGCUGCGCUGCCAGUGCCGGCGUCGCCGGCGCCGCCGUCCCCUCUGGCGCGUCUAUGGCCACCACUGGCGGGGCUCGACCGCAGGCCCGCGCCCUGACUUUGCUCCCGGCCCCGACGCCGCGCCCCCUGGGGCCCCGCUGGCCCUCACCGCGCCCUCGGCCCCCGGCUCCCCCGACACGCCAGAGGCGCAGGCUCCCGUCGCCGGUCGUCGAAAGCCGUCUUGCGCCUUCCUCGAGUGGCGGCUGCUCGGGCCGUUCCGGAGACCGACCACCCAGCUGCGUGCCAAGGUCUCCAGCCUGUCGCACAAGAUCCGCGCCGGGAGCGCGCGCUCAGAGGCCGCCAGCACCCUGCGGGCGGAGGUGGAGGCGGUGUCCCUGGGAGUCCCCCACGACGUGGCCGAGGGCGCCACCUGCCAGGCCUACGAACUGGCGGACUACAGCAACCUCCGGGAGACUGAUAUUUAAGAACCCUGAGCGAGGCCGAGGAGUGUGCUGGGGGAGGAGAAAAGGGGCUGCGGGUGGGGGAACGGGGGUAGGGGGCGGUGAGGGAGGCUGGCUUUGUUCAAGAGGCCCCCGGCCGGAUCAGGGACGGGACACUGAUCAGGGUGGCUGCUCUGGGGCCUCCCCGAGGAACUGAGGCGGGGAAACGUGAAAAGUUGUGGCUGCCUCCUGGACACGGGUGCCUGGAGCUCCUCCUUUUGGAGGAAGGGGCUGCGGGUUCCAGGGGUGGUCCUUUGCUCCCAGUCGUUUGAGAAACACUGCCCCAUCCAUGCCCUGAACCCUGGACAGACAGCCUCAAGUGUGGCAAGGCAGGCCCACCCCUCCUCUUGGGGGAGAAGGGGCCAAAGGCCCUGCCUGGUGUUUCCAGUCCUCCCCUAGGGAAAAAGUCAGUGGGACCAGGGCUUCUCAAUGGACACAAUUUCUCCUUACUGCCUGGAGGAAUCCAGUGGACCUGCUGCCACCAUCAGUUUCGUGGCAGAUUGGAUGACUGUCCUACAAGCCUGUUGUAUUUACCCAUGGACCCACUCCCCUUACAGAGGCUCCUCCACUCAUACCCCAUCACCUGGCCCUGCCCCUCAUUAUCUCCCAAGGGCCUUACUGUUUACACUCUGUACAUAGUGCCUGUGCCCAUCACUUCUUGCCGGGAUCUGGAGCCAUCAAAUGGGGAGAGUUUUAUUUGUCAUUUUGAGACAUAUUUAUUGGUAAGAGUACUUCUAUUUUGUCCAAACUGUGCAAACAGUCCCUCUUUAGCUUGUAAACCCAUAAAGAACCACCCUUUUUUUUUUUUUUCUGAACUCCUUCAAAUUCUAAAGCCCCACAAGAGGAUAGAUUGGUUCUGCAUUCACCUUUCUAAUUUCAACUUAACUAUCUCUUUAACUGAUGGCUGCUAUCCUCUGGGACUUUCAGCAUGACCAAAGGACUCAGGGGUUUUGUUGGCUUUUAAAAUUUACAUGAUUCGUCUUGGGAACCAAAUAGUAAUCGUAAGCAUAAGUUUUUGCUUUGUCAGUCUCCCCAGAUGAAACUGUGAUGCCCUGAGAGCCUCCGUGAGGAAGGUGGCCAUCAGUUAAAUGGGUGGAACGUGAAAAAAUAUACAAGCCCAAGUAGACAAGUAUACAUGGUGAGUGAGAGAACACCUACCUAAACCAUGCUUGUUGGUUUUGAGUGAAAUGUCCAACACUUGCUGCAUUCUCAAGAGAUUGCAGGUAAUUCAGUCUUCAGCUGGAUAACAUCAACCACAUACAUACAGUCAGAGUGGUGUUGGUGACUGUGGAAAGCUGGUUAGGUGAUACCCCAGGGUGUCUGGAAGUAGGAGGGUUCUAAAACUGGAAGAGCCAGUUGCUGGGGCCAACAUGGACCAAUAUUUUGAACCAGAAGUUUCCAUCCUGUACUGAGGAAGUCAUCUGUUUGGAAGGUCACCACAAUUUUAGACCUCUCAUCCCAUUUUAUAAGGUAAAAAGAUAGCCAAGAGCAGACAUUUCCUACUGUGGGUCUGCAGCAGGUUCUAGACUUUCAGGACUUGCAUCCCCCCAAGGCACAGGAAGGACAGUUUAAGGCAGGUGCUGGGAAUAUAAUGCACACCCCAAAAAGGGCCCACUUUAUAGCACAUUGACCACCCUAAAGCUGGAGACACUGAAGGACAGUCCUUGCUAUCUUCUCACAGAGGUGGGAGCCAUCCCUCAAAUCAGGGGUCAGCAAAGAGGCUCACCCCCUUGUCGGAGAAUUGAACAUUGGGCUACUGGGCAGGGGUUCCAGUAGCAGGGGAGGGUCUCUGAGCAGGCGACUGUGGGCUCCUACAAGCCAGGGCAGUUGAGCCCACAGGAGGUCAACAGUGCAGACAAGGGAGCAGGUUGGGGAGGGAACAUUCAUAAGGGCGAUUUUAGGGGGUCCUCCUUGCCCUGGAUAACCCAGUAGGUGUGCAGGCAGGUGGGGCCAGCAGCUUGCCCAGUACAUCCAGUUGGCACAAGGAUUAAUCUGCAAAAUGUAUCUGAUGUUCAAGACUCAGCCCCCAUCUCCUGGGCACAGGGGCCCUCUGCACACAGCUGUCUCUUCCUAUACCUCCACACCAAGCCUCCAGGAGAUCAGAGAGAGCUACAGAGCCCCCAGAGAGGCUGUGCCACGGGGACCCUCCAGGGACCCAGUUCUAAUCAUCAAUAAAGCACUGAGUUGGUGA